UACGUGUAAAAACACGUAUAUCUUACCAAAGUACAAGUGUACUGCAGCGAGGGCGUGCAAAGAGAAGUUACAAAACAGUAAUCAUCUGCAGAAUUUUCAUCAAAAAUUCUAUUCAUUAUGACAGAAGACAAGAACAAAGGGUAUUUCGCUGUUGACAAAUUAAUGAAAAAGGCAAAAACCGCAGAUGUCACUUUAGACGAUAUCAAUGAUGCAUAUGCGACUCACAGCGCAAUAUACGAGACGGGAAUGAAGAACAAUGAUUAUUCUGGACAUAUUGUGGCUGUUAGUAAAUUGACACAAAAAUUGAAAGAGUUUGAAUUUACUAACAAUGUUCGCAUAAUUGACAUGGGUUGUGGUACAGGUAUGGCUGGCGAGCAGCUGAGCAAACAUGGCUACACAAACCUCGAUGGAGUUGAUCUAAAUUUUCAAAUGCUAGAGCUUGCAAGAAAAAAGGGCAUCUACAAAUCAUUGCAGACAGGAGCAAUGGGAUCUCCAAAUUGCAAAGAUUUGGGAAUCAAUCCAAAUGAGUAUGAUGCUGCUAUAUGUACUGGAGUGUUAGCGCUUGCACAUGUGGAGAGUGAAGGCUUAAAUGAUCUUAUUCAUGUGGUUAAACCUGGUGGUCUGGUAUGUUUCAGUAUAAGAGAUAUGCAUUACAACACCAAGAAAUGUAAUUUUCCUGAAAGCAUAGAGCAAAAUUGUAAGGACGGAAAGUGGAAAUUGAUUGACAAGCAUCACCAAGAAAACUAUUUGGAAGGAGAUGGUGCCUGGUAUUUUGUCUGUCAAAUACUAUGAAGUAAUUGAUUUCAUCUGACAUUGAUUUUUUGAUGUUACUAGGAAAUAUUCAAAGCGAAAUUUUGUGUCACUGACAGUAUUAAAAACAGAGACAAUAGUUUUGAACAAAAAAUGAGAAGAAAUAAAUAUUGAAGAAAAAUGAAGUUCUGAUUUGAAUGAUACCCUAUGUGAAAUAUUACAAUUAUAAACUCUUAAUUAUCUUUACAAAGAUUGGCUAAUUUAUCUUAAGUCAUUUCCAAGUUUUCCUCUUGAUCCUCAUAGAAGUCUUCAACUAGUUUAUCCAUGGAUAAAAAUGUUUCGCUAGAUCAUUCAAAUACAGUAUAUGUGAUCAAGUCCUACUAGAGAACAAUUGAAAUUAGUACGUUUCAUUUCACUUCAAUGGUGUGUUCCAAUUGUUAUUAAUUCAAAAUACUUUAAUCACAGUACUGCUGGUUGGAAAUUUUUAAAGUAAAUUUAAGGUUAAAAUACUCCAAAUACGAUAAGCUCUUUAAAAAUGGAAAUAUAUUUUUAGUAAAGUA